GCUUCACGAAUUUCUCGUUUUAGUUCCGCCUCUAGAAGGAAAGUCGUAGAAGCCUAGUGGGGAAGGUCUCCGAUUACGGAAUCUUCCAUUUGACCUGGAAACUUCCCAGUGAGGCGGUACGUGGUUUGCCUCGAAGCUCAUGCUCUAGAUUUCGAGGUCCCGAGAUGGAAGAUUUGCAAGUGCCGAGUCAAACGAAGCAACGCAGUAGAUUACGAAGGCGAACAUGGUGAGCCGAGAAGUUUGGACUCGAUACAUCAUCCUGGAGUGGUCUGCAACAGAAUCGAAUGAAUGAUUGGACUGUCGUGGCCAGUCAUCGUACGCUGAGUACAUCAUCUUUGACUUGAAUUCCUUGCAGAUUGGAACGGAGUAUGGAUAAUUAGAAAGUGGAGAUGACGAUUAUCAAUAGAAAAUAUAUUCAAAGAAGAAGGGUUGAAGAAUGAAAAGAGGACUGUCAAAUCCGUUAGGUUUGUCUUCAAGGCCUUGGCAUGCAGACAGAUGCACGAUGCACGACGGUAACUCAUGGCGUGGUUACGAGCACGUAGGUUUGAUAAAAUGCCUGCUUCGAAAUGAACACGUGCACGGAUAUUUGCCAAGACCUCGACGUGGGAAUCCGCUUCCUUUUAGUUGCCCGAGAAUUUCCACACGACAAAUAUUUCGUGUUCGGAUGAGAUUUUUUUGCACUGUUCUUGUCACCAUGUACCUUGAAAGGCAAGACGACGUUGUGUGUCUUAGAAGUCUUCUCAAUGUGUGGAGCCUUCAAAUUCUGCAUUUUAUUUUUUUCAGUGGAAGGGCGAACUCAAGAAGCUUCCUACGCAGAAUUUGAUACUCGAUGUUUUUUUUCUUUCGGUGAAAAGCUAUCUACACAUAAUUUAAUAAACGUCAAGUAGAUUUGCAAGCAAAUUGGUUGCACAAUUUAUAUACGUAAGAAUUUCUGUUAGUUUAGGUCACAAUUAUACUAUAUAUAGAACCACAUUUCAUAGGCCCGUAGCUUGGGUGGCCGUCUUGAGGAUUUUUGACCAAUUCGUGGGAGUUGAUGC